AUGACUCUUGAGUUUGACACUAAUGCAGUGAACCGCUUCACAACCGCUUGUGCCAAGGUUCAGAAAGAGGCGACGGCAGGCCCCGCCGCACAGUCAGGGAUCGGGCAGCCCACUCUGUCGUUGUGUAAACAAGGCGAUGCAUCAAAAUCCAAUGUGCACCUAGCACUUGAUAACGUGAAUAAAACUGAUGAUCCUGGAUACGCUGAGGCACAGCAACGAAUUGGCACCGAAAUGGGGCGUCUACCAGUCUUCAUUGGUAGAUAUAUUGGACCCGUAAUAAAGCUGAUCCUUUUGGCUUCAAUCGUGGUGGAUACCGGAUAUUUAUUAUAUGAAUAUCGAGUGAAAACACAUGUGAUCCCAUUCCUGUCGUCAAGAUUUACGACUCAUAGAGUUAACGGAAGUCCUCGUGAUUGCGAGAAUGGCAGUUGGUGGUUCCAUCCCUCCGGGUCGGGACACCAGCCCUGGCAACACAUCCUGCAGGAAGAAAUCGCAUUUCCAAUCGCGUACACUAUCAUGGCCUUCGAGAGACCAGAUCAGGUGUGGCGCCUGCUUCGUGCAAUCUACAGGCCGCACAAUUUCUACUGUGUGCACUUUGACCAAAAGAGCCCUCUCCUCUACAAGAAUUUACCAUUCCUACAUGUCGGUGCUGGAGGCGGACUUGGCCUGCAUGCGUGCUCUCUGGCAAUUGCCGAGGAAGAAUGUGACGAGUGA